CUACCAUUUCUUCCCCGUCUCAAUAGCCUCGCCAUUCUCUCCGACCACAAUUCAUCACUGGCUUCUUAGUACAUGGCCGCCGCAUUUCAAUCCUCUGCUCUGUGCUUCACCGGAGUCUCAGCAUCUUCCGGCCGAAGAAACUUUGGGGGGAGUCAAUUCUCGGGAUCGUCGCCUGCUUCUCAGAGAUUCCGUUCCCGAUCUUCAGCUGCCCUUCCCAGCUCCAGAAUUCAUGGAAGAGCAUUGCCAAGCGACAAUGUGCCACUUGAAGAGGAUGGAUCUCGACUCGUUGUUUGUUUUGGGGAGAUGCUAAUCGAUUUUGUCCCAACCACAAGUGGACUUUCUUUAGCCGAAGCGCCUGCUUUUAAAAAGGCUCCAGGUGGUGCACCAGCGAAUGUUGCUGUUGGCAUAUCUCGCCUAGGUGGUUCAUCGGCUUUCAUAGGCAAGGUCGGUGAAGAUGAAUUCGGCUUCAUGCUUGCCGAUAUUUUGAUGGAGAAUAAUGUGAACAAGGAAGGGAUGCGGUUCGAUCCCGGGGCUCGCACUGCUUUGGCAUUUGUAACACUUAGAAAGGAUGGGGAGCGUGAAUUCAUGUUUUACCGUAAUCCUAGUGCUGAUAUGUUGCUGCAACCGAAUGAACUUGAUUUUGAAUUAAUUAAGAGGGCAAAAAUUUUCCAUUAUGGUUCCAUAAGCUUAAUUACUGAGCCAUGCAAAUCAGCACAUGUUGCUGCAGCUAAAGCUGCAAAGGAUGCUGGUGUAAUUCUGUCAUAUGAUCCGAACCUGAGGCUUCCGCUAUGGCCAUCAGCAGAUAGUGCCAGGGAAGGAAUCUUAAGCAUAUGGGAUACUGCUGAUAUCAUUAAGAUUAGUGAAGAGGAGAUUUCAUUUCUGACACGAGGAGAAGACCCAUAUGAUGACGAUGUUGUUCGUAAACUCUACCAUCCAAACCUCAAAUUGCUCCUUGUCACAGAAGGCCCAGCAGGUUGUCGAUAUUACACCAAGGAGUUUAAUGGAAGAGUUGCGGGGUUGAGGGUGGAAGCUGUGGACACUACUGGUGCAGGAGAUGCCUUUGUAGCUGGUAUACUGUCGCAAUUAGCAUCCGAUGAAUCAUUGCUUCAGAACGAGGGGCGGUUGAGAGAGGCUUUGAGUUUCGCGAAUGCUUGUGGCGCUUUGACUGUGACAGAGAGAGGCGCGAUCCCCGCCCUGCCCACAAGAGAAGCUGUCCUCAGCGCCAUGCUUCUCAAACCAGCAGCAGCUUGAGAGAAUGCAUGCAACUGAAGCUGAUGUUGUACCUCUGUUUCACACUUCUUUAAGGUAAGCGACAUUUUCAAACAUGCAUUGUAAUACUAUUUGCUGGUUUUCCUCCCUUGUGGAUGUUACAUGUGUUCUUUAAAUCAUUAGGCUGUAAGUGUGGCAUAGAGCCUGGAUAUGUGGAGAAAAAAAAGAGGCUACCAUAGGAGGAGCCCUAGCGUCAAAGGUGGGGUUUUUUUGGUAAUGAAUGCGUCACAAUGUAGGAUG